CUUCUGUGAGGAGACAAGAAGUUCUGUUUGAGUAAAUCUGGUUUCCAUGAAAAGACAGAGGGGGAGAUUUAACAAAGGGCCUGUUUAGACUGGGAGGAUGGUGAGGGGAUCUCAGACUGGACUUGGUGCUCUCAAGUGGAACUGUGUGGUUGAAGCUGCAUCUGUGUUUAUGGAUCUAAAAACUUGAGACACUCAUCAAUCUGGAUUAAAUCUGGAUUACUUUGACAGACUAUCAAGCUGUGUCUGUUGUUUUAAGGAAUUAAUGCAGGGGUUCAAACAGUUAGGCUGAGGAUUAUAAGUAUGGACACUUUAACAAAGCACAAAAAUCCUUGGAUCAUUUAUGAGACAGAAAUACCACACAGCAGAUUUUGUGAUCCAGCCUGUGGAGUCAGCCCUGCAGAGAGGCUGACAACCAAGCACCUGCAACUCCUGAGAAAUGCUUUUACCUGUCCAAAAGCUGGAGAACAAGUUCAUGAAAAUAAGCCAAAUGGAGGGAGAGGAGGGAAAAGAGGAGAAAAUAAAGAGCAAGGAAUGAAGUUAAAGGAGUUUGGAGAAACUAUGAGGUCUGUGAUGGGUCCAGAUAUAAAGGACACAUGGGUUGAGAGAUUUUUCAGUGAGGUUGAUACCUGCUGUAGCGGAGAGGUGAAUUGGCAGCAGUUGUGUUCAUACCUGCUGUUGGAGUACACAGAGAGAGAGCGCACCUCCAUUCCCAUAUCAGCUCUCCUGGACACCCAGCCACUAAUCAGACACUGCUCCCACAACAAGCGGGAGCCGACAGUUCGUGUGCUUGCCGUUUCUCAUCCUCCUCCACUCUGUUAUAUUAGUGUCAGUAAGGGGGGUCAGGUCACUGUCUGGAACAGCAGCCUACACAUCCUCAAAAGUGCAGGGCUUGCGGGAGACCCAACCGAGGAAGUGGCCAAUACAAGGAGAUUCAAAGGCUGGACUACUGAUGCUGUCAUCAUGGGCAACGUCCAGAAGGUUGCCAUAGCAACAGACUGCAGGGACUUGCACUUUUUCGACAUCUCUACUGCCAGUGUGUUUGAGGACAUCCAGCUGUUUGGGUUUCGUAGUGUCCCCACGGCUCUUUGUUAUUGUCACAAUACUCAGUGUCCAGAGCAAACCUCUCUGCUGCUGGGAGAUGAAAGAGGGGGAGUUCACCUCAUGCAGUUUCUGAACCCAUCUGAGGGCCUUUUUAGGAAACCAUCCAAGACCAAGAGUCACCCACAGAGGAUCUUUUUCCCAGACCUCCAUGAACACAGCGACAUGGUCACCUACCGCUACUUCCCAAACAUCCACCAGGAACCAAUCAACAGAGUGAUGUUUGAGCCCAGCACCAACACUAUCAUGACGUCAUCAGAAAGUGACGACACCUCUGUUGUCUUUAUUAAGGUGACACUGAAGCAGGAGCCUUAUGUUUGGAAAGUUAAGCAGGGAGCCAAAUGUUUUGACUACAGUGAAUCUCUGCAGCUGAUGGUGACAGGAGGGAGUGACCGAGCAGUCCGGCUGUGGACACGAUUUGUGACCUCAAGUCCUGUGGCUACACUGUGGGGUCACAGAAACGCUGUGUUAGACGUCACUAUCUAUGAACCAGUGGAGCAGAUUUUCAGCUACUCAAGAGAUGCUGAGUUGAGGGUUUGGGACAUUUCCAGCCACCAGUGUCUGAAAAUAUGCCGCCUGCAGUUCCCCUGUCUACAGCCAGGUCGAAUCCCGGAGCAUGGCAACUUCCCCUUCCUUCUUCUGCACCCUCCUCCUCCUCAGCAGACACAGCCUUAUUUAAUCGUUGCAUGCAAAGAUCAUCUUGCACUGCUUCAUCUGUCCGACACAAGAAGAGGAGCAGGCGGCUGGUUGACAAAUGAAGGAGGACAACCUGGACAGGGUAGUCAAAGUGGUUCUGCCCUCUCCUGUGCACUGUAUAACCCCACUCUGAGACAGGUGGUGAGUGGAUAUGUUGACUCAUCUGUGUGCGUGUGGGAUGUAGAGACAGGGAGGAAGAGGCUGCAGAUCAUAAAUGCACAUGGAGAGGAAGAACUCACCUGUAUGACACUAGACUUCUCACACAGAAGGCUAAUCACAGGGGCCCGCAAUGGAACAAUAAAGGUGUGGAACUUACUUAACGGCCUAAACUUGCACAAGCUGCAGCCUGUCAGUGAGUCUGAUGUCACUGGGUUGACCUGUCUUAAUGAGAACCAGCUGCUGGCUGUCGGGUGGAGCCAGCGGAUCGUUCAGUACAACAUGUCGGCCGCCAAGGAUCUGCAUGUGAGAGCAGACAUGUCGUGGAAGUCCAGCAGUGUCCACAAGUCAGACAUCCUCACUAUGUGUCAAUGCUCCACUCUGGGGGUUGUCGCUACAGCGAGCUAUGAUGGAGAGAUCAUCAUCUGGAGGCUGGAGACACAAGGACCGGCGUUUCAUCUGCAGAGGUCGACACAGAGAGGAGCGCUGCCUCCUGUGGACUGCCUCUUGUUCCUGCAGCACCGAGCUGAAAGCAGAAAGCAGAGAAACAGAGGUGUGCUGGUGUCCUCUCAGGCUGGCUGUCUCUGUUUUUGGAGUGUCACUGAAGAGACGCACUCUUAUGGCCAGUUUUUUGCUUCUGAGCAACCAGCAGAGCGUGUGCUUUGCCUGAGUUCAAAUCAGCCUAAAAACACCAUCCUGGUCUGUGGAGAUAAAACAGGCCAGCUUCAGAUUUGGGACAUCUCCAACUUUGGAUUGGAGAUCCAAAACAAGGUCAUUUGUGAGCAUCCUCCUCUGCUGCAGUGUUGGAGAGCUCACAGAGGAGCCUUAGUAAGUGUGGAAGUCCUCAAAUUGGCUGACAGGUUGUUCAUCCUCACUGCUUCUGCUGAUGGCUCUGCUGGACUGUGGACUGCGGAUGGGGAUCGACUGGGUUUAUUUGGGCAGGGAUUGAAGUGGAACAUCUUACAGCCAGCUACUUACAAGAGGUGA